CUCGGAUGUUUCGUUUUAUUUUAAUAAUAAAUAUACGAAUGACGUUCAUCAUAUGUAAGGUUUGUCGUUUAAAUUCAUUUCCUGUAACAAAUAAACCACAUCCUUUUUAAACUUCAAACUUAACUGGAACCUCGAGCGAAAUUCGUCAACAAAGGUUAUAUUGUCAUAGAAUAGAUGAUGCUCAGUAGGUAGGUUUUCUGUUUACUACUUGGACACUAAAAAUAUUUGACUUUUAGAAUCAACAAAUAUCGUUAAAGCAUUCAAGGGAAAAAACAAUAUGUUUGGGCAGUGUUAAAAAUCUUCUAACAAUUCGUAUUCUUCAUAAGAAAAUGUAUCCGAUAAACAUUUCAACCAAACAGUGUGAAUAAAUAAUAAACAUUAACUGAAAAUUGAAUAAUAUUCACCUAGAAUAUAUUAUUGCGAAAUUGGCUAUGAAAUUUUGUCUAAAUUUAAUACUGCUGUUUUUAUCGUAAAAUACAACCGUAAAGGUAAUUGAACACAUUUCUCGUUGUUUAAGCUGCUGGUAUGUCAGCCCGUGUAAUGCAUAAUUGUGUUGACAUGAUUAAGUAAAAGUAAGAAAGCAAUGUAGAAACAUUAUCUCAGUGUUUUCGCACGCGUAAAGAUUUACCGUUUUUCUCGUAUUCUAACUGAUGUCAACUUCAAAAUGCAAGUGUAGCGAGUUGAAAUUUAAAACACAAACGAACAACGUGAUACGCGACAAUCGAAACAGAGUAACAAAGAUUUUGAAGAUGAAGAAAAGUGACGGUGCCAGCUAUCAGUCCAUUUGAAGAAAAGCGCAUCUACUUUCAUUGCCAACAUUUAAGUGAUUGCCAGCUGCAGUGAAACACAUUAUACCACAAUAAAUGCCGAGGAAAUGAUUCGACCGUAUUGACCGAACUAUUAGCUGCAGUGCGUCUCCCAACACGAGCCUGACCAAAGGCUAAAUACCGCCGCCGGACAGUCAAAUCACAGCUAUGGACGACAAUAGUAACUAUACAGUUGUACCGUUGUACGGGGUAAACCUAACAACGGUAACGGCGUUGACGGGUAUUGCGGUUACCGAAGAACCACAAGGAGUGGAGUGUUGCGAUAACGGUUCAGAUCCUUACCUUAACGUUACCCACGAGAUGCCCGUUGAGUACGCUAGACCCAUGUACGGGUUCGUCAUGCCUUUGCUUCUUUUGGUCACGAUUGUAGCAAACACUUUAAUUGUCGUCGUCCUGUCCAAACGUCACAUGCGGACUCCGACAAAUGUAGUCCUCAUGUGCAUGGCCUUGUCAGACAUGUUCACUCUGCUGUUCCCAGCUCCAUGGCUAUUCUACAUGUACACUUUGGGCAACCAUUACAAACCACUGUCGCCUGUUGAAUCCUGCUACGCGUGGUAUGCCAUGAACGAAGUCAUACCCACCAUGUUCCACACAGCGUCCAUUUGGCUAACAUUAGCUCUGGCCGUGCAAAGAUAUAUAUAUGUCUGUCACGCACCUGUGGCAAGAACGUGGUGUACAAUGCCGAGGGUAUUAAAAUGUGUUGCCUGGAUAUCUGUAAUGGCAUCACUUCAUCAAUCAACAAGAUUUUUAGAUAGAACAUAUGAACCAGUAAAAAUAUCUUGGAGAGGUCAAGACUCUGUAGUCGUUUGUAGAAUGAAACACGCAUACUGGGUUGAACACUGGAUAACAUUGGAUGUUUAUUUUACUCUUUACUAUGCUUUCCGCGUUGUCUUCGUUCAUACCGGGCCUUGCAUAUCCCUCGUGGUAUUGAAUUUAUUACUUUUCAGGGCCAUGAGAGAUGCUCAACUGAAAAGAGACAAAUUAUUCAAAGAAAAUCGGAAGAAUGAAUGUAAACGUCUGAGGGAUUCCAAUUGCACAACAUUAAUGCUAAUUGUCGUUGUUACCGUUUUUUUAAUGACCGAAAUACCAUUAGCGGUGGUAACGGUGUUACACAUUAUUUCCAGCAGCAUCAAAGAAAUUCUAGAUUAUUCAGUGGCCAACUUGUUAGUGUUAUUCACAAAUUUCUUCAUAAUUGUCAGUUACCCUAUCAACUUCGCCAUUUAUUGUGGUAUGUCCAGACAGUUUCGAGAGACUUUCAAAGAGCUGUUCAUUAGAGGAUCAGUACAAAUCAACCGCAAACAUGGAGUCGGAGGUAGUUCUCGUUACUCGUUAGUCAACGGCCCCAGGACGUGUACCAACGAGUCUUUGCUUUAAACUUAAGCACUACUUUAAAACAAAAGCCCAAUACAGUAUUGUUUUUGUCUAUUGACUGUGUGUUUUUUUUCUCACUAAAUCGUAUUUUAGUCGUACCGACACACAUAAUCAGUGAAAUGAAAUAUCAGAAAUAUAUAUUUAACUAGGUAGUAAUACUUUAAGCACUCUUCGUCACUUUUCAAAUACCCGUUUGUCUUUCUGCGCCGUUCAAAGACGGCGUUUGUUACAUUUUGCCCUUGAUUCACUAAAUGUACAAAAACCAAACUUAAAAAAAAAAAACCUGAGUGAUAGUUAAAAUAUAUAUUUAAUUGACCUUCAACAAACACUAUUUAAUUAAAAAUAAUUUUGUUGUAAUUUCACUAACAUAUUGUAUUUAUGUUCUUUCCACUUGUUCCGACAUUAGAACGGACUGAUCUCUAAAAAGAACAAAAUAGUCUUGAUGAAAUUAUGUACAUAUAAUAAGAUAAUUAAGUUAAUGUGGAUUUUUUAUAGAAAGUAAUAUAUUAAUUUAUAGAUAUUGUAAACCUUAUAUGCUAUGCACUGUAUAUUAACUACAGUAUAUAUACUGUUGAUAGAUAAUUUUAAUCGAUAGACAUGUAUAUAAUUGUUUAAUAAGAACAAUCAACUGUCAUCGUGGAAAGGUGAAACUAGCUGAUAGAAAAUUUAUUUUAUUUUUUUUAUUAUUACUUGAAAAUGUAAAAAUGAAGUACUCUUUAUGAAUUAAUGACUAAACUAUUUAUUCUUAAAUAAUAAUAAAAACAAAACUUUACUUCAACAAUUAAAAAUUAAGAAUAAUCUACCACAGCAGAUAACAAAUUUAAAAUAUUUACCACAUAAACAUUAAUUAUGAAAUAAACUUUAAAUAUAGAUGAAACGGUGGUAAUUAAUAAAAAAGUUGUAUUUACCACAAGCACAGACACAGCAGGAGUUUUUUUUUAUUAGGAGAGAAGGUUAUUUUACUAUUUCUGUUAUUUUAAAAUAACUCCUAUCGCCUCCUGUUAUCUACACCCGAUUUACUGUAAAUACUUAAUUUUUAGGUAAUUAAAAAUUUGAUUAAAAUUUUUUUUUAAUAAUAAUAAAAUGAAAAAUAAAAAUACCGCCGACCCUUAAAUAAUACACUUCUUCUCAUUUCCUUAUAAAAUGCCGUCUUUUUUUCACAAAAGCGAAUUUGUUAUAUGACAUUAAGAAAAAAAUUGAUUGGAAUGGUCGAUAAUAAAAUCUAUUUGAGUUAUCCCGCCAAAACUAUCUCACAGUAAAUUACAGUCCACAUAAUUACAAAAUAUUUAUUGUAAUUAUCAAUACAAAAAUAAAUAUAGUCGAAAAGUAGUUAAGAAAUGUUAAGGGCAAAUAUGUCCUCUGUAGGUACCACAUAUGCCCGCUUAUUCUUAUCUAAUAUAAAAUUAAAACAUGAAUAAUUAAACAUUAAAUAAAUGUCAUUAAAAUGAAUCAUUUCUCAAUAAUUUAAAUAACGAUAUAAAUUUAAAAAUUCAUAGAGCCAAAUUUGAAAAAAAUAUUGUUUGAGUAAUAUUAAUUUGACUUAUGAUUUACGUAAGUGAUGUAAAUAUUUUACAAUAUUACUGUGAUAAACCGUCUUCGUAUCACUGACAGUUAAAUAACCAUCACGUGAUUUUAAUUACUGUUAAGUAUCCAUCAACACUAAUAUAAAAGAAUUCCUCAUUUCUGCUAUGCUUGAUCCCGUUUUUUUAAAAAAUUUUCUUUUCAUAUUACAUUAAAUUUAUAGUUUAUUUGUGGUCGUAUUUCUAUACAUUGAAAAUAAUCAUACAUGUUUAAGCAAAAAUAAUAAUAAUAUGAAAAACAUAUGUCACGUCUAGAAGUUAUAUAUCUCUACUAAACGUAACACAAUAGUGUCUAGUUUUUUCAAUCAGUCACUAGCAAAAAAAAGUAUAUAAAAAAUAUUAAAAAAAACAUUUCACUCUAAAAAUAUAUAAAAAAUAUCUUUUUUGAACGCAAAAGUUAUAAUCAGCCACUUUUUGUGUUGAAAACAAAAUUGAUUCGUUAAAAAUACUUUCAUGAUAUUACAAAAAGUUUUUUAUUCGUGAUUAUGAUUUUUUUUUACGUUAAAAAUUAUGUUUUAUUAAAAAAAUGUAUUCAAUUGCAACAAGUUAAUUAUAAAUAUUUUAUCUAUAGAUAAAUGUGUCUUUGAUACUAUUGAUUUUAGCUAUUUAUAUUAGUGUUUCAGGUAGAUAUUUAUUUAAAUAACCUACUAAUUUGAACCGAAAAAAAAAAUACCAGUUCAUAAAGCAAUAAACAAAUGUUUCUAACCAACACAUUAAAUACUUUGUUGCUACCUAACGACGCGUGCCCAUAAAUAAAAAGAAGAACAAAUUUAAGGGUGCAGUAUAAAAAACUUACAAUUUUUAAAUAAUCUAUGUUCCAUUUACAUUUUUAUAAAUAAAUAAUAAAAAUCACAGUGAUCAUAUCACAUACGUUUUCCGGCAUAAAACUUCUUGCAUGCACUCUUAUUAUUUACUAUAAAAAUUUUACAUCAGUAAACAAAUGAUGGAAAAGGAUACCUUAAAAAAAAGAUAUUGUCAGAACACUAAGUAAUUUUAUUCGUUUACUCAAGGGCAUAACGUCGUUGACCGGAUGAAAUAACUAAGUAGGUAAACAACCCGGUGCAAAGAACAGUAUCAAAAAAUAUAUAUAUGACGCAUUUAUAAAAAUAAAAAGGAUAUAUGGUAAUAUUU